UUUUCCCCCAGAUUUGAAAAAUAUGAAUUGAUUUUUUUUUGUGUGUAUGGGUAGGGAAAUACCGUGAAAUACUAAUUACUCAUAUUGUGAAAAACUUGAAUGGGAUUUAAUAUCUACUUGUUUAUAUUAAAUAAUUAUUUUAACAUAAAACAAAGAGAUUCAAGACGUUAAUUAUUCUAAUAGAAUUUAUUGCGUCGUCGUUUUAUUUAUAAAUCCGGGCAAAAUGGAGAUGUUUAUGUCUGGAUUCGAUGUGCUGAAGAGUUUACUGAACUCUGACAUCCCAUCGAACAAGGUUCUCGAAAUCAGAUCAGACACAUUCGCUCCAAGGGAGAUACAGUUAAGGGAGGACGGACUCGUCUUGUAUUUGCCGCAAAAAGUUAUCAAAAAUAAGAAUGAUAAACCGGCCUUUGAAAUUGUACUGCACAGACCUACAACUGAGACACUUGUGCAAACAUUUAGUUUAUAUAGAUCGAUCAAUUUGGAUGAAGCCGAAGCAAGAUUUGUCAUUUUCCAUGAUAAAUUGCCAGUAUUUAUUGAAAUAGCCAAAGAGAUGUGUAACAUCAAUGGACUCCAAAAAAUCUGCGAUAUCCUCGCCAAUCAUCCCUCUUGGACCCUUGCCCACCUGGCUGCGUAUUUCGCCCUGUACGACUCUUUCAACAAUCCCAAAGUCAAUUGCUUUUUGAAUAGCAGUGACACAGAAAAAGGGAUGUCGCCACUACAAGUAGCAAUCACUACCCACAACUUGAAAACAGUCCAAAUGCUUGUAGCAGCAAAUUGUUCUUUGGAACAUUUAGAUUACGAUGCUAAUUCAGUAUUUCAUUAUGCUGCUAGUACUACCAAAGAAAUUAUUGCGACUUUAGCACAAGGCUCAGCCCCUAAAUGUCUUAAUUCAAGAAAUAAAAACGGACAUACUCCUUUACAUAUGGCUUGUCUUGCUGAUAAACCAGAAUGUGUAAAGGCACUGCUUAUAGCAGGAGCUGACGUUAAUAAAACCGCCACAGCUGAUGGAGAUUUUAAUGAACCUGGAUAUGUUGGCAAUUUUUUACAGGAUCAUCCAAAUACUUUGUAUCAAAACGACAUGAAAAAUGGCGGGACGCCUUUGCAUUGGGCCAAUUCGCGUCAAGUGAUCGAGGCCUUAAUUGACGUUAAUUGCCACAUAAAUGCGGAAAAUUUUGAAAAAAAAACUGCCUUGCAUGUAAUGGUGGAAAGAAAUAGGUUGGGUUGUGUGGUGGCUCUAUUAAGCCGGCAAGCCAAGGUUGAUUUGCCCGAUAAAGACGGCAAUAGACCUAUCCAUUUAGCGGCGUUUCAUGGACAUUUGCCCAUAUUACAAGCUCUGAUUGUUUUUGGAGCUGACUUGAAUAUUUUGAAUAAUAAUGGAGAGAGUCCUAGGCAUUUAGUUAAUAAAGAUAAUGAACCCAAAAUCUUGUAUUAUCUACAUGCAGUUGGUGCUCGUAGAUGUAAAUCCGAUAUGGCUGGUUGUACUGAUGGGUGUGCGCAAAUUGGCACGUUCGAUGGAAUCCCACCACCAAAAGUCAUCGGUCCAACGAAUCGCGACAUACUAAAUCAGAUGUUAGCUGUAGCCGCAAUGGAAGUAGCAGCCAAAAAACACAAAAAGGGCGACUUUCCUAAAACAGGACGACUGCUGUGCCUGGACGGAGGCGGCAUCCGAGGUUUGGUCCUCGUACAAAUGCUUUUAGAAUUGGAACAAGUUUUUGGCAAACCUGUACAUUUUUGCUUUGAUUGGCUAGCCGGUACCAGUACAGGAGGCAUAUUGGCUUUAGGAAUUGCUUCUGGGAAAACCAUGAAAGAGUGCCAAUGUUUGUAUUUUUAUUUGAAAGAGAAGACUUUUAUUGGAAGUAGGCCUUAUGCCAGCGAAAAUCUGGAAAAUGUUAUGAAGGAACUUUUUGGUUCUGAAACUGUUAUGUCCGACAUUAAAAAUCCAAAAGUAAUGGUUACGGGUUUAUUAGCCGACAGAAAACCAACUGAAUUGCACCUAUUUAGAAACUACAACAGCCCUAGUACGAUUCUAGGAGUAAAACAUGAUUCUGCAUAUGAAAUGCCUCCUCAUCCUGAAAAACAAUAUGUUUGGCAAGUUGCUAGAGCCACUGGAGCGGCACCCACUUACUACAGAAUGUUCCAAAGAUAUUUGGACGGCGGCCUGAUAUCAAACAACCCAACUUUAGACGCCAUGACUGAAAUACACGAGCAUUGUUUGGCCUUAAAAGCUGUAGGUAGGGAAGAGGAAGCUUGUCCUUUGUCUGUUGUAGUUAGUCUUGGAACUGGAGUGAUUCCAGGGACAGAAUUGAAGGAUGUCGAUGUUUUUAGGCCUGAAAGUUUAUGGGACACCACCAAAUUAGUUAUGGGGAUACAAAACUUGUACACUUUGCUAAUUGAUCAGGCUACAUUGAGUGAUGGAAGAGUUGUUGACCGUGCCAGGGCGUGGUGUUCCUCGCUAGGUAUUCCGUAUUUUCGAUUUUCGCCUCAAUUGUCCGAGGACGUUGCAAUGGACGAAAAGUCUGACGAUAAAUUGUGUAAUAUGUUGUGGGAAACUAAGGCCUAUAUGCACGAAAACAUAAAUUUGAUGCGAGAAUUGUCAGAUUUGUUGAAUCGCAGUUAGAUCUGUAGGAAGGUUUUUUUAAGACAUUCCAUAGUAUGUGUUUAUUAGUCAAAUUUAAGAAGAUAUUAUUUUAUGAUUUUUCCAUCCAUGACUUUUUUUGAGUCGCCAAACGAAUGGGUAUUACAAGCUGCAGGGUGUUACUAAUUAUUAAAUUAUUUUUAUUUAUUAUUCAUUGUUACUAGAAUUUAUCGUUUUAUUAGAAUAAAUAUACUGAUUUUGUGCAAUAAAGUUUA